GGCCGUCUGGGUAUCUAUGGGCGAAUAGCUGUGCUUUGGAUGUUGUUUAAAAAAAAUGUUUUAUGGAUAACAUUUUCCCCAAUACGCACAAGAGAACACUGUGACCACUCACUCCGUUAGGCUACAAUUCUUUGUGUUCGGGUCGCAGUGGUUUUACUCAGACAAUGUGGUGAGGAGAGAAACUUUUGUUGCAGUCUGUCAACUCCACUCCACGGUUCUCAAUUCCGGAGCACACAUCUCCAAUUGUGAUACCAUUUUUGCCAGACAAUUCAGUGCCUGUUGUUGACAUUCCGGUCGGGCUACCGUCGGUGCGGACAAGGUAGGGAGCUAUAGCCUAACUACCCCUCAUAUUCUACAAAAUUACAUUAACACAAACACAGUUGUAGAACGUUAUACUCUGUGUCCGGGGUAGGCCUAAUUCGGGUUUGCUCAACUCAUAAAGACCCAACUUUACGCACCAGCCGAGACUGUUUACAAGGCAAAUUAAUUUCCCACUUCAGUCAAUAGUUAUUUUAAUGACACGGUUGUAAUUUGCCGGAAAUUACCAGGCGCCGCAGUGUUCUUAUCUCGUAUGGCUGAAGCCAGAAGAGAAGAGGAGGCGGAGGAGUUGAGGGAUAUACGGAACCGAAAUCAAGCAACAGAUCGAACAGAGAGAAAUAAGUCUGAGGCUCUUCAUUCCAGCCAAGGACCUCUGUCCUCAAUACGAGCUGCCAUCAAGCGAACGAGAACCAGCACCCAAAGUGAACAGACCAGAGACAGAAGACGUCCAGAGAUCACCAUCCUGUCAGCCGAGCCGCUCGCUGCCAACAGCUGGUUCCCAGGGGCUUCUGGGGGAUUUACGGCAGCGCCACCUCCCUCACAACCCAUCUGGGGAGGGAGCAUCCAAUCAGAUAUCCAGCCACCACCAUCUUAUGACCAGGUGAUCAAGGAGAAGACCCAGGAGACCAUUGUCACGCCGACCGCCGCCCCCCGGAGAUCCACGACCAUCGCCACGCAGACCGACCCUGUGGAGGACGACACCGCCGCUGGCCCAGAAUGCACUGCAUCCUCACAGCCAAUCGAGAAGAGAAAGUCUACAGUGAAAAUAAAGCCCAAAAAGCCACCAAGGCCAUACUUACCCAAGCCUUUACAAAGUGACUCUACCACUGCAACAGCUGUAUCUGAUUCUGGUCUUAUCCAAGUAGACACCACUAACACUAAGAACCAAACUGACCCCAAGUCAGCCGCAGCCCAACCCAGCCCUAGAGAUUCCAGCUGUGCUAUCCCAAACACCCAGUCUCUUUCUCCAUCUGUCUCCGUACAAUUGGAUGGGCCAAUAAAACCUUCCGAACCCAGCACUAUCACUACGUUCUUAGAACCUACAGUCCUAGUAGCCACUGAACGUCCCAUCCCGCUUCCUCGUUCCAAAUCCUGCAAACAGACAAUCACAGAGGAGGUCAAAGUUCAGACUCUGGUCAGGCUCAGUGACAGUGGUUCCAGCUCUGUAGAUGACACAGCAGUCGAGGCUCCUCCCUCGGGGAAGUACCUACAGGAACUAUUAGAUGUGUUUUGUCCCGUGGACCAAUGUGACCAGAACACUAGUGACGCUAGUGACAAUCAGACGCCAACUGACGGGAGCGACCAAAGCGAGGAAGGUGACGAGGACGGUGACAUGGCCGCCCUUCACACCCAACGUAACAUCCGGGCCCGGAUCCAGGCCUUUGAGAGCCAGGAGGGCGAUGGGGAACCAGAGUUCAAACAACCAGGGCCUCUACCCAGGAACACGCACCUCAAACCCCCUGUGAUUUCAGCCAAACCAGCCCCAGCCCUUGCCCCCAAGCCCUCAAUCAAGAAGCCCAGUAAUGGCAAUAACUACCAGGGGGCAAUCUCCAUUUUCUCCACUCCCUUUAUUCCUUCCAUCCCAACCCCAGCACCCAGACCCAUGCUCCACAGAAAACCCAGUAUAGUCCCAGAACCAAAAGAACCAGAACCAGAGGCUCCACCCCCCGCCAAGACAGCCAUCCUUUCCCGGUCGCGGCUCUCCAUAGCGGCCAGAGCCAAGAACCUCUUCCCCCAAGAGGAGGAUGAACCCAGGUUGGUACCUCCUAUCUCUCCAGAGAAGCCUCGCAAGGAGCCACUGGGCCUCAACCUCAACAACCACAACUCAGCCUCCAUCACCACCACAGAGGCAGUGAAUGAAUACAUGGACAACCCCACGAACUAUAUCCCAGUGAACCCUGUGCGUAGUGAUGCGGGCGGCGGCGGCUCCUUCAGCAGACAGACUGUAACCAGAAGACCCACCACCAUUAGAGUGCCCAGUAAAGGAAACCUGUUCGAUGGAACUUUGGACAACCCUCCUCUCCCUGCACAGAAGCCUGUAGGGUCACUGCCACCCCCCGUGACCCGUAAACAAAGCAUCUCAACCCGCUUCCCCUUCCAGGAGUCCUUUGAUUCUGAGCCCAUAACGGGCCUCCCUCCUCGGCCUGGUGGAGCUAAGGUCCUCCCUCCUCGCCCACCUCCAGCAAAAGUAGGCCCAGGAAGGCCACCCCCGCCCCGGAUAAAUGGUCCACGUCAAUCCCUCUCCACCCGUAGAGCACCAGCUUCAUCAGCAGCUCCAUCACCCAAGCAGCCCCAGGCUCAGAAGCCCAAGAAGGGACCUGUGCUUCCCCCCAGGCCCAACCCUGGCCAUCGUCUCUACAAUCAAUACACGCUUGGACUUCCCCACGGGAUAGCAGAGUUUGACUACAGUGGGAGAGACACAGGGGAACUCUCAUUCCAGAAAAAUGAGUUGCUGCUGCUGAUUGAGCAGCUCGACCACAAGACCUUUGAAUGUCAAGUGGGAGACAUCCGGGGCCGAGUCCAGAAGUCUCACAUGAAAGUCAUCACUCCUCUCUCCAGUGCCCCAACUAAACCAGCUCUGUCACAAGGUGUCAGCACAGUUGGGUAUCGUAGAGGCAGCAGUGGUCUGCAGGUGCAGGUCCUCCAUGACUUCACCCCAGAGGGUCCAGGGGAGCUGGGUCUGAGGGAGGGGGAUGUGGUGACCAAUGUGGAGCAGGUGGACAGUGAGUGGUACCGCGGCUCCUGUAGAGGCUCCUCUGGCUUCUUCCCUGUCAACUACGUCAAAGUUAUGUCAAAUGCACCAACACCGACCAACACAAAGAAGGCAAGGCCCCCCCCUGCAACAGUCAGUGGACCAAGGUGUGUGGCGCGGUUCGACUUCGAGGGUGAGCAGAGUGACGAGCUAACCUUUUCUGAGGGAGACGUGAUUCAGCUAAAGGAGUACAUGGAAGAGGAGUGGGCGAGGGGACAGAUAGGGGCCCACACUGGAAUCUUCCCCAUCAACUUUGUGGAUAUCAUAGAAGAUCUUCCUCCUCUGCCACAACGACAGCAAUCAUUCCCCACCAAGAUGGCACUACCUGGCAUGGUUUCUUCAACCAAGACCCAAGAGGCUGCCAAACCCAUACAGUCUGGUUCGUCAGGAGUGGAGUGGGCCGUGGCUCUGUAUGACUUUGUAGGCCAGGCAGAAGAGGAACUGUCCUUCCAACAGGGAGACCGUAUCCUGGUCACACAGCAUGUAGACGCCGAGUGGUGCUCUGGAAGGCUUAACGGUAGAGAAGGAUUCUUCCCCACAGCCUUCGUAGAGACCAGCUCAGGCAACUCUCCUGUGUUGGACAGACAGCAGAGUGUGACUAAUGGAGCAGGAAGCAGAGGGGAAGCGCUGUUCGACUUCACAGCUGAAUGUGAUGAGGAGCUCUCACUGAAGGCGGGGGAUAUCAUCACCAACUUGGAGUCCAUUGACGAUGAGUGGUUCCUGGGAGAGUUGAGGGGGAAGCGAGCGUUGGUGCCUAAAAAUUAUAUGCAAGUGCUGGCAUGAGUAAUCUACCCUUAACAAAGACACUGGGGCACUACUUUGUGUCUGUGGUUUCAUCACGAGUAAUGUCUUUUGAACUAUGGAAAUAUGAGAACCUGAAAGAUGAUAGGAAACUGAAUAUUCCAAAGUGCCUUUUUGCCCCACUGGACUGCUGUAGUUCUCUACUUUGAAGCGUGAAACUAGAUUGUCCGGUCAAUCACCAAGAGAAAGUUAUUGGGUGUCUUUUUGAAUGCAAAAUUUUAUAGUAUUUAUAAAUGUGAAAGGAUCACUUUAUUUGGAUAGUCCAUCUGUAUGUGGUCAUACUAUCUGCUGAUAAGCAACUGCUUGCGAAGGUUACAGUAAGGUCUGUUAGGAUAAGGUUAGGGCUAGUUGAAAUGUUACUGAUAGUCCAUUCGUUGAUGCUCUACAGACUAUCCAAAUAAAGUGUUACCUGUGAAAGUAAUGAAAUAACUUUGUAUGAUGCAUCUGAGAAUGGCUGGAUGUAACUUUAUUGAACAGGCAUUCAUAUGAAGUUCCUGCCACAAAACCCUUACCAGCGUUGUUCUAAUCCAGAUAUGCAGUAUUUAACAUGUUGACCACACCAUUGCACAUUAAAUAUAGCCGUUGUAGUACAAUAUUUCCUCAAACUAUGAAUUGUGGUUCUUACAAUACUGCAUGUAUGUAGCCCCCUAAAAGCCUUUUCUGGUAGCCAAUUGUGCUCAACUCUGCUGGUUCAUGAAAUGAAGACUUCUAUGAAGUCAAUGCUCCUUAACAGGGUCAUUCAUAAAGUUGAGGAAAGUGUCAAGGUUUGACUUCCAGACAAACACUGGUCAUGCUUAAGCAUUGAAUUUGUUUUCGGUGUAUAAUCCUCAGGGUGGAAAUGUGGAUCAAAUUAGCCAUAGAUCUGAUUGAGCAAGAUUAUGGUAGUGUAUUGGUUAACACUUGAACAGGAUUUCAGCUUCUCAAACAUUUAUAUAUUUUGGUAAUUAGCCUAACAGGGUGGGCAGAUUUUUUUUAUAGCUUUGCACCAUUGUUUUCCCACCAAAUAAAUGGACACUUCCCGAAUGUGUCAUUGUAGGAAGAGAUUUUCUUAAAUGGAGAAUUACGACAGACGGGGUGGAAAAGUCAAAUAAUAUUUCUCGGAAGUUGAUAACACCCGGGGACAUGGCAAAACAAACAUCUACUGAAAGGGAAUUUUAGGUAAAGGAUACCUGGCCUUUUGGGAUCCACAUUUUACACAAAUUUUUCCCUGAGGACAAAAAGCACCAUAGGAAUGACCCAAUUAAUCAAGUUGGCUUGUUUUUACCUCUAUGGCAAUAGGAUGUAAUUGAGCCCCUUGAAACUUAAUUUGAGCAUGAGUCAUGGUAACAUGACAAACUACACUGAAGGUUGUUGGUUCCAUUUGCAAAACAUUUACAUCCGUUUGUGUGCAUUUCUCCUUUGCCAAGACCUGAUUACACAGGUGUAUCUUGUGGACAAAGCCCACUUUAAAAUGUGCAGUCCAACAAUGCCAGAGAUGUCUCAAGAUAAGGGAGUGUGCAAUGUCCACCAGAGAUGUGAAUGUUAAUUUCUAAACCAUAAGCUGCCUCAGUUUUAGAAUUUGGUAUUACGCGUAACACUUAGUUUCGCAUAGCUUUUCUUUUUCCAGAUAUAAAUGCUUUGAUUUAUGCCUGAAAGAAUAGCUCUUUACAAAAUACCAUUCCAUUAACAGAAGACACCAACAGUUGAGUAUCAUUUACAUUUUUUAUUAAAUCGGUCAGGCGUUUAGACGGUCUCUUGGAUGGGGGGCUCGUAGCCGUCGGCCCUAUCCACCUUAGCCCCAGUGUCAUCCCCAGAAGGCUUGGCUGUACUG